UCCUCUGCAGUACUUGCAUUUCUCACCAGCAGCAGCAGCAUCUGAUUUCUGAGAAGCUGAAGGCACGUCCAUUCAGCAAGAUGCUCCGACUUUCAAUUGGCAAUGACAAGUGGACGGAUGAGUUUGAAACUCAAAUUGAAGAACUGGAUAUUACUGACCUGUGGACACUACAAGUUAAUGAAAAUAACUUGGAAAACGGUGGGCUAAAGUUUGAGCGAGAAACAUUUGGCAGCUUUCGGUGCUCAUACUGUAGACAUCAUUGGAGUUCAUCUGUUAUCCACAUCAGAUUCCUCAUAACGCUGGACAGACCCUGUAAACGUGGCAUUGUGAACAUGAAGAUUGCUAAGCAGUCAUGUAAAAUGUGCAAUUGUGGUGUGAUGGAAAAACCUCAGAUUUCAGAUGAGAAUAUUAAAAUAAUGAUAAAGAAUUUGGUCUUGAAGAUUAACCGCACAUUCUAUGAGAAAGAAAAAGAUGGGCGACAUUUAAGGUCGAUUAAUUACUAUAAUGAGCCUAAAGGUCCUCAUGACAAAGAUCACUGUGAGGAUUGCCAGGAAGGUCACUCUUAUCUGGAGGAGCCAUGGUACCAAGAUGUGUCUCAUCAUAAGGAGACGAAAAGUCAGCAAGGUCUUUCAACAGCUCUAACUGUAGCAGGUGUCACUGUAGGGCUUGGGGCUUUAGCUUUAGCUUGUAUGGCAUUUUCCAACCCCAAAAACUCCUCUAAAAAGUGAUUUCAUCCAUUUGCAUGGUCUAAGAUUAACAGCUUCCUUAGUGUUAGCCUGCAACUUCAUACUACCUUUUAAUAUAUCUCAUUAAUGAUUAACUGCUUUAUAUAGAUCACUAUGAUUAUUGCAAAUGGAUACUAUAAAUAAAGUGUUUACUUUUGUCUGCA